AAUGGACCUCCCAGACCGGGGGUCCUCCCCAGCCCACUCCCUAGGCUGGUGAGAGGAUCUAGAUGUUUUUUUCUUUACUUGAGGCCAACAUAUAAGGAAAGCAUGGAGCUCCUGGUUCUUUCAGAUCCUGAAAGUCACACGGAGCCAGUUUGUCAUCUGAGGCCACUCACUCAAGAGGUCAUUCACCCUGGAGUGACGGAGGAGGUUCCAGGCCUGGGCGUGUGCCAAGGGUGUGUGCCAGAGCUACCAGAUGGGCUCCACUGACACAGGCUCUGGAGCGUGGCCCCACAGGGGACAGCUGUGUGGGGUGCUCAGGUACAGAGACCCCUUGGCACUCCUGUGAGAGAAGGACCCAGAAACUAGUGCUGCUCCUAACAGCAGAUCAAGGCAGGACCCAGAAGCAGGAUCCAGGGGGUCUUCAGGGCUUCUUGCUCAAGGGCCAGGAAGGCAGCUGGAGAGCCAAGAGACCUAAGGAUUUCCUUUUCCAAAACAUAACCCAACUAGGAGCAGGGGCAUGGACCACAGUGAGGGAGUCACCCAAGCCCCAGCUGGUACCGUGGUGCCUCAGGAACUGCUGGACGAAAUGCUUUGGGUUUUUCGGGUAGAAGAUGCAUCUCCUUGGAAUUACUCCAUGCUUGCCCUGGUGGGCAUAGUGGGCAUGAUCAGCUUCAUUCUCCUGGGAAGGAGCAUUCGGGCAAACAGAAAUCAAAAGAUCCGGGGGAGAAACAAACCAGAAAAACAAACUCCAGAAGACCAAGACUUGACUGAGGCUGAAACCAGAGAUGACAAUAACCUGAACAUCCUAAGACAGACUUUGCUCUCAGAAAAGGAAAAUUUAGUUCAGGUGGAAAUUAAAUUAAAAGAGAAAGAUGUGUCACUGGUUUUCCCAGAGCUACAAGAAUCAGAGACCUAGUAAGAGUUCAGAGCACUGCCCAUGCUGUCAGA